AUGAGUGUCCGAGUCGUCGCCCGUGUUCGACCUCUUCUCAAGACCGAACUCGAAAAGGACCAGAUCGUGACCAGCCACAACGGUCCCGACGGCAAGCCGACCAUUGUCAAGAUCCCCAACCCCAAGAACUUCGCCGAAGAGUACAGUUUUCAGUUCAACAGCGUCUACGAGCAGCAUGCCACGCAGCAAGAGAUAUUCGACGCCGAAGUUGCACCCACAGUCAAACACCUCUUUCUCGGUUACGAUGUCACCAUCUUCGCCUACGGCUCUACGGGGACGGGGAAGACUCACACAAUGCGUGGUGGAAAGUCACUCGCUGACCGAGGGAUGAUUCCGAGAUUGCUGAGCAGUAUCUACAGAAAGAGUCGGGCGAUUGAAAAGAGCGGCAGUGGAGAAACCGCCGUCGACGUGGCCAUGAGCUACUAUGAAAUCUACAACGACCGUGUCUUUGAUCUCUUCGAGGCACCCGAGAAGCGAACGGCUACUGGACUUCCCAUUCGAGAAGCUGAAGGUGGAAAGACCGUUGUCGUCGGCUUGACCGAGAUGCCCUGUGCCUCUCUGAAGGACUUCGAGGUGUUGUAUGACAAAGCCAAUGCAAAUAGAAGUACCGGCGCCACGAAGCUCAACGCCCACUCGUCACGAUCGCACGCCAUUCUUUGCGUCAAAGUGACCAUCACUACCCCGACGGAAACGCGAGUUAGCACAGCUUCGGCGAUCGACCUGGCGGGCUCGGAAGACAAUAGAAGAACGGGGAACGGAAAGGACAGGAUGGUCGAGUCCGCGAGCAUCAACAAGUCGCUGUUCGUCCUGGCCCAGUGCGUGGAGGCCAUCAGCAAGAAACAGCAGCGCAUCCCGUAUCGCGAGUCGAAGAUGACAAGGAUCCUUUCGCUGGGACAAAACAAUGGCUUCACGGUCAUGAUCCUCAACCUGGCGCCUGUCAAGGCCUACCAUCUCGACACGCUCAGCUCUCUGAACUUUGCAAACCGGACCAAGAAGAUCGAGGUCCGUGAGGUGGAGAAUGAACCCAUCUUCAAGGGGCCUCCGCGACAGGUUCCUGGGGCACCGGUGGGCGGCCCAACGAUGCAGCGACAGCCACUUCGGCCUCUGACCCACGUCGUCAACGUCAACCUUGCCGCCAAUCGUGACACAACCACGAAAAACGAGAAGCCGGCGAAGGCCUUUGCUGUCUACUCGGACAAAAACAAAGCGUCCAUCGGUGCGAAACCCGUCCCACAGAAGUCGUCUCCUCUGAAGCGCACGGCUGAUGCAUCAUUCCUGACGUCUACUCGUCCUCCUAAAAUCUCGCGUCCCACACCUAACUUUAUCCGGCGAGGUCCAGAGUGUCAACCUCUGGGCAUGGAUAAAUCGUCGAUCGAAACCCUGGUUGAGAAAAAAGUCUCCGAGAUUCUUGCAGCUCGGGCUCUCAACGCACCAAACCCUGCUCCUCAAAAAUCCAUAUCUGAAGAAGUUCAGCGGCGAUUAGACAGUAUUGAGAAGAGGCUGGAAGGUCAAGAUGGCGAACGGGCAGAAGGACUCAGUUACCUGUUCAUGGCCAAGCAGCAUCAAGCCCGCGGGGAGCUUGGGAGCGCGCUGAAGAUGUAUGAACUGGCCAGGCCAUAUUUCCCAGACAAUGAGAAGUUGAAGGGCAAGAUUGAGCGGCUCCGGGAGAGACUUGCCGCGCAAAAGACAGAGUCAAGCGAGACAGCGCCAGCUGUAGACGACGAGUUUACCCGUUCGGGCGAACUUGCCAGAAGGAAGACUUCCCGUAGCAAUGACGAGGGCGAUGAAAGCUACCAGGAUGACGACAACGGGGGUUCGGCUUACCACGAGAGUGACGAGGAUGAAGACGCUCAUCGGUCGCGUCCAAAGAAACAAUCCAAGCAACAGAAACGCAGGGCAAGGGCAUCAUCGCCGGAUCCCCUGGCGCAGCAGACCUCCUCAGAGCUCAGUGCUGCGGUGACGCCCCGAACACAUCACCUCCUAAAAGUCAUCAACACGCGGGAUAUCACGAAAAUCAAGACGUUACAUGGGCUGGGCGCAAAGCGUGCAGAGGGGAUUGUGGAAUACCUCAACGAACAAGGGGCCGACGGGGCUGGGGAGGUCUUUGUGCGAAGCUGGAAUGAUCUGGCCAAGUUGAAGGGGAUCGGAAAGAAGACCCUGGAGACGAUGAGGGAAGGAGUCCAGGUGGCUUUAUGA